CUUUGUUUUUGUUUUGAUAGCUUCGAAAAUUCUUGAAAAACAAUUUUAAUCGAUUUUAAGCGAAAUUACUUUGAAAAUUCAGAUAAAUUUGUGUUAAAUUUAUUCAAAAAAGCACAAAAUGGGAGAUAAUUUUGGAAUUCAUCGCCCAAAUGAGGUGAAACAGAUCAAAACAUCGAAUUCAGGAACGCCUUCUGAUGAAUUGGGAUCCACGGGACAGAGUAAUUUGUCGGAUUUUUUGAUGCAAUUGGAGGAUUACACGCCAACUAUUCCUGAUGCUGUAACCAAUCAUUAUCUUAACUCUGCUGGCUUUGAUGCGAGUUCAGAUCCACGAAUUGUUCGUUUGAUCUCCAUUGCUGCCCAAAAGUUCAUCUCAGACAUCGCAAAUGACGCAUUAAUUCAUUGCAAGACACGUACGAGCAACGCAAAUUCAAGUCAUGCAUCCAGCAAACAACAAAAGGAUAAAUCUGCAAAGGAUCGCAAAUUCACAAUGACCAUGGAAGAUCUUCAACCUGCUUUGAAUGAUUACGGAAUCACGGUUCGCAAGGCACAUUACUUCGUCUAAAACCUUUUAAAAAUGAAAUUCCUGAAAAAUAUUAAAAAAUUUGGAGAUAUGUUAUUUUCAAAGUUUAUUAUUUAUAAAAUUAGACUAUUUUUUACAAUUUUUUUUUUUUUUUGAUCAACAACGUGAGUUUUUUUUUAAAGUUAGCUAUCGUUAAAUAGAA